ACGGGAUAUACCCAAGGUCUUUCCGUGUUCUUCCCAAUCCUCUCAUGGCGUGGUGUGGAAGUACUGGCCGGAGGUGGAGGAUCGCAGUGCUCGCCUGGCUCUUGACUUGUCAUCUCAGCGUACAAUUGCAGGUGAUCUCCAGCUUGGAACCGACUGACAAGCUUUCACCCACCAGAAAGGUUUGGCAAGUGAGUUCGCAUGGUAGGUUCAGUGAUACUCGAGGCAGGAAGAGCUAUGGGAGUUUGCAAAAGUGUGGCUAUCGCAAGGUUUGCGUUAGUGGGAAGACAUUCUACGCCCACCGCCUUCUUGCAUUUGAAUUCCACGGACCUCCUCCAAGCAAUACAGCAGAGGUGAAUCAUAAGGAUGGGAACCGCAGCAACAAUCACAAAGACAACUUGGAGUGGGUCACGCCUUCUCAAAAUGUGCGCAUCUCCUAUGACAAUCCCUCAAGGGGCACUUCCGGACCUUCCAGUUCGAAGCUGGUGAUUGUUAGAAAUUCAACGUCUCAGCAGUGCAGACGUUUUUCUUCUGCCAAGGAGGCAUCAGAAAAGCUGGGCAUUAAUUACUCGACAAUGAAGGCCCGCUGUCAAAGGGAGGCUCAGCUUGGGUGCUUGGAGUUCAAGUACAGGAAGCCUGAGAAUCAGAUGGUGGAAGGGGAGAAGUGGAAACCAAUGAUACACCCCAGAUCAGGAAAAUCUGUGCCAGGCAGAUUUGUGAGCUCCCUGGGUCGCAUCAAGAGGAAAGAUGGACGAAUCUCCAAGGGACACCGAAGGAGAGAUGGAUACUGCUAUUUUCAGCCGUUUCAUGACUGCACCAUCCGUG